AUGGAAGCUUGCACCUCUCAAGGGAAAUUUAAUGUCACCACGUACAAUACUGUGUCAAUGGCCAUCGUCACCCUCCAGACAUUUGCUGGCAUGUGGAUAAAUGCUUUCAUUGUUUCUGUGCUUUGUGUUGCCUGGGGGAAAAAGAGAAGCUUUAACUCUAAUGAGAAGAUCUUUCUAUUCCUGGGAUGCUCCCGAUUUUGUUAUUUGUUCAUCACCUGGGUAUUUUUCCUUUUUGAAUAUAUUUACCCCUUUUGCAUGGAUGUUUACCCUGCAACUCAACUGCUUCAAGGAACUCAAAACUUUUUCAGUGUUUCAAGCUUAUGGGUCUCUGCCAUUCUUUCUGUGUUUUACUGUGUCAAAAUUGCAAAUUUCCAGCACAGCUUCUUCAUCUACCUGAAGGUAAAAAUUGACAGGUUUGUGCCAUGGCUGAUGUUGGCUUCAGUCCUUAUAUCCCUGGGCAGUAGUAGCUUCUCCUACAAGGUCCUGAGUGAAUCGAUCUGUAACAACACCAACUGCACUUCUGCAGAAUAUUUGUGGAAAGACAGUAACAAAACUCAUGAAGAUCUGCUUCUAUUUUUGUUUCUCAGUGGCAUUGUAUAUGCAACUGCAUUCGCAGCAGUAAUCUCUUCUGCCCUUCUCCUGCUCUUUUCUCUCUGGAGACACAAACACAGGAUGCAGACAAAGUCAGGGAAGAACAUCAGUAUGGAUGCCCAUAUCAAAGCCAUGAAAUCGAUUUUCUCCUUUUUCUUUGUUUACUGCAUCAAUUUUAUAUGUUUGGUCUUGUCUUUGAUUUAUGAAACAAAGAGGGAAAGUACUAUGCCAAUUCUCAUUUUAGUACUACUGCUUGCUUUUCCAGCUGUUCAUUCCCUCAUCCUGAUUUUCAGCAAUCCCAAACUGGAAAAGACACUGCUAAGGACCCUAUCCUGUCUGAAGUGCAAUAUUUGCAUGAAGUAG